CGUUGAUCUGACGAAUCCUCUUGGCAAAUAACCACAGCAGCGUGAUCCGCAAUGCAGAUGAUAGCACUAGAGCGCACGCGAAAAGCAAAGCCUUAUUCUGUUGUUCAAUUCAUCUCAGAAAACCUAGCUCUGGGUGCAGAAGAAGCUUGCUGAAUCGAAGUUGAAACCUGCUUCUGAAUCUGAACUCAGAAGAGAAGAGAAGAGAAGAGCUAUUCAAGAUUUCAAGGUGAAAUUUCCAUGGAUGGAGGAGGGAGUAGCAGUGAAAGCCCAAUCAAAGCCAAGAAAUCCAAGUCCAAAACCCCUCGAAAACCAAAAGAAACUAUUCUGAAGCAGAAAUCACCUGCUGAGUUCUUCGCAGAGAACAAGAACAUCGCAGGAUUUGAUAAUGCUGGGAAAUCUCUUUACACAACAGUUAGGGAGCUUGUGGAGAACUCACUUGACUCUGCGGAAUCGAUAUCGGUGCUUCCCGUGGUCGAAGUAACUAUUGAGGAGAUAAACAGAAGCAAAUUUAAUUCUAUGAUUGGUCUUGUUGAUCGCGAACGUGUUGAUGCGGCAUUGUAUGACGAUUAUGAAACUGAAAAGGCUCGUGAGAAACGAUUAGCAAAAGAGGCUCGUGCUCAAGAAAUACAAGCAAAGAACGCUUCCCUUGGAAAGAAGGGAAAAGAGGCUUCAGCUACAAAGGGUAUCAAGGGUCGAGGGGAGGCUUCGUUUUACAGAGUUACAUGCAAGGAUAAUGGAAAAGGAAUGCCACAUGAUGACAUCCCAGAUAUGUUUGGCCGAGUUUUGUCUGGUACAAAAUAUGGCCUGAAGCAGACGCGGGGAAAGUUUGGCCUUGGCGCGAAAAUGGCAUUAAUAUGGUCUAAAAUGAGUACUGGGCUUCCUAUUGAGAUCUCGUCAUCAAUGAGAAAACAAAAUUAUAUUUCAUUUUGCCGGCUGGAUAUUGACAUUCAUAAGAAUAUUCCUCAUGUACAUCUACAUGAAAAACGAGAGAACAACGAGCACUGGCAUGGAGCUGAAAUUCAAGUUGUUAUAGAGGGGAACUGGACAACUUACCGUUCGAAAAUACUGCACUACAUGCGGCAAAUGGCUGUCAUCACCCCUUAUGCACAGUUUGUGUUUAAAUUUAUGUCAGAUGCCCCUGACAAGAAUGUCACUGUAAGCUUUGCUCGCAGAACAGAUGUAAUGCCACCCAUUCCUCUAGAGACAAAGCAUCAUCCAUCCUCUGUUGAUUUGCUGCUAAUUAAACGACUUAUUGCUGAAACUUCGAAGCAAAACCUUGUGCAGUUUCUUCAGCAUGAAUUUGUGAAUAUCAGUAAACCCUAUGCUGAAAGAUUGAUAGGAGAAUUGGGUGCUGACUUCAACUCAAAAAUGGCUGUGAAGUCUCUUACUUCGCAGCAAAUAGUACGCAUUCAUCAGUUGUUUCGUCAAGCCAAGUUUGAUGAUCCUAGUGGUCAUUGUCUUAGCCCUGCUGGAGAAUACAAUCUUCGACUAGGAAUUAUAAAAGAGCUACACCCAGACAUGGUUGCUACCUACUCAGGCAGUGCUCAAGUUUUUGAAGGCCAUCCAUUCAUUGUGGAAGCUGGAGUCAGUGUAGGCGGAAAAGAUGUCAAGCAAGGUCUGAAUAUAUUUCGAUUUGCCAAUAGAAUUCCAUUACUUUUUGAGCAAGGUGCUGAUGUUGUCACCAGAACUGCACUUAAGAGAAUCAAUUGGAGUAGUUACAAAAUCAACCAGAUACAAGAUAAGAUUGGUGUCUUUGUGAGCAUUGUGAGCACCAAAAUCCCGUUUAAAGGAACUGGAAAAGAAUAUAUUGGAGAUGACAUAACCGAGAUUGCUUCUGCUGUCAAGUCUGCUAUUCAGCAGUGUUGCAUCCAAUUAAAAUCAAAGAUUCUGAAAAAGAUGCAGGCCCGUGAGCAGCAGGAGAGGAAACGAAAUCUAAACAGGUACAUUCCUGACGCUUCUAGCGCAAUAUACAAUAUUUUGAAUACGACUCCGUUACAUGCAUCAAAGAAGCUUCGUUCUGGUGGUGAUGAGGAAGAAUUAAUGAGGAAAGUCUCAGAGAAUUUGAUUACUAAAGAAACGUUGAUUGAAAAGCUGGCAAAAUAUGUUGAACAGGUGGACUAUGAAAUGGCAUUGGAGUAUGCCACCCAAAGUGGAGUAAGCGAGCAACCCAGAGAAACAAUAUACAUACAAUCACUGGAAGCUGAAAAUAAGAUAGUUGACUUGCAUGCUCCAUUUUUUGUUUUCAGAGUCGUACAGUAGAUUUAGGAAAUUGAUUUGAAAUUAAAAAGAAACGAAAGUUAGGUUUAUUUUCCAAAUUAAAUUUAUAUCACCUGUGAUGAAGGAACGAUUAUUGUAACUAUUCUUUUUAUUUGUAAGAAAUGCCAAUAAGAUUAAUAAGA